UCUCCAUUACAGAAGGUAGGGGGACACUAUUUAUAUCCCGCGCGAAUUCAUAAUUGCAUUAGUCAAGUAGCGAGCAUCUUGAGCAAAUCCGCAAUGAGCUCCUUGCAAUGGCUGCUCUGUUUAGCACUCCUCGCACAGUGUGCUAGGGCAAAAAACUAUGGAAUACGAGGAACUAUCGAAUUGGUGGAUUACUCUGGCAAGGAAUUAUUGGAAUUUGCUGCAAAAGAACAGCCACCGGAAGACGAUACCGAUUUGGAGGAUGAUUUUUCUUACAACGAAGCUGAAACCCAACGAUUUCUGGAAGAGGUAUUGCGCGACGAUAAUGACUCGGAUGCAGAUACCGAAUUGAAGAGUGGCACUGCUAGCAAAAAUGAGAUAUCGUGUACGGCUGGAAAUCUAGCCCGAGUAAACGAAGAGCAGAGAUCAAAUUCGAAUUAUACGCAACGACGCGCAAGAAUAUUGGGUGGAACUGAUGUGAAUGGUGGGGUAAAUGUGCUGUUCACUUACAACGUCUUAGUGGUAGGCGCUCCUAUCCUCGGCACGCAAAAUAAGUUCUGCGGAGGUGCUAUUUUAUCGAAAUUCUGGGUGCUUACUGCCGCCCAGUGCGUCGUAGGGGUCGCUCCUAUUACCGUAAUUGCUGGCGCAUCAACUGAUCCUCAGGUAACUGGACUCCCCGCAAUCCCUGCUACCCCUUACGUUCACCCCGAUUUCGUUCUAAAUACUUUGAAAAAUGAUAUUGCGCUACUUAAGCUGAUUAAACCCCUAGCAUUUGGAGCGGCGGUUAGUUCAAUCUUACUUUCGACCAUCAGUGUGGCUACCUUAAGUGGAGUUGAUUUAAGGACCUUUGGAUGGGGACCUGAAGACGAUUCCCAAGCAUUACCAGCAACUCCUCCCUUGAAUUUUGUCGACGUGAGAGUUGUGCCUAAAGCCACGUGCCAAACACAAACACAAGAAACGUACGUGACGUACCCAGGAAACACUGGGUGUUUGAGCACCGCCUCCGCAACCGAAGGCUUUUGUUUUGCUGAUGCUGGUGGACCUGUCGUUUACAUCGAUGACGUAGCUGGAACUGAGAAAAUUGUUGGUAUUAAUUCAUACAAUUUGCCCUGUCCCAGCCUCUAUCCAAGUUCAUUCACUCUCGUGUCACCUUACUUGAAAUGGAUCAAGUUAACGACAAAGCUGGCAUUCACAUAAUUUAAACAUAAUGUUUUAGGUUUACAAACUGAUUUUGUAAAUAAAAACAAAACAUAAUAAGAAUCACAAAAUACAACAAAUGUAUUGUUCUUGGUUUUUGUUCAAAUAAAUAUUAAAAACAAUGUGAAUAAAA